AUGGCGUCCAUCCCCACGACCCAAAACGCCGUCGUAAUCGAAACAACCGGCGGGCCUGAAGUCCUCCAAUUCCGCACCGAACAUCCCGUCCCUCAACCCAAGGAAGGCGAAAUCCUCGUGAAAAACAACAUUUCAGGCCUCAACUUCAUCGAUACCUAUUUCCGUACGGGACUUUAUACAUCGCCCAAACCGGAGAUUCUGGGCCGAGAAGCGGCCGGUACGAUCGUUGCGCUGGGCCCUGGUGCAGACAACCAGUAUGGAUUACAGGUCGGUGAUCGAGUGAUAUGGAUGCACAAUUCAGGAUAUGCGCAAUACACAGCUGUGCCGGCAAAGACAGCCAUCAAAAUUCCUGACGGUGUGAAGGAUGAGGAUAUCGUUGCUUCGUUUUUGAGUGGGUUGACGGUUCUUACGUUGGUCAAGGAGACGUAUGCCGUGCAAAAAGGGGAUGUGGUGCUCGUGCAUGCUGCGGCAGGUGGUGCUGGAUUUCUGAUGGUGCAGAUUCUCAAGUCGCUUGGUGCGGUUGUCAUAGGCACUGCGGGCGGACCGGAAAAAGUUGCACUUGUCAAGGGGCUGGGCGCUGAUCAUGUUAUUGAUUAUCGGAGCGAGGAAGGGAAGGAUUGGGUUAAGAUUGUCAAGGAGAUUACAAAUGGGCGCGGUGUCGAUGUGGUCUAUGACUCGGUAGGUAAAGAUACGUGGGAGGGAAGUUUGGAGGUUGUGAAGAGAAAGGGCUUUGUGACUUGGUUUGGAAAUGCCAGUGGUCCUGUUCCGGCUUUUCCUAUUGCACGUCUUGCCCCGAAAUGUAUCAAGAUUGCUCGUCCCAUGGUGAAUGGAUACCUUGUGGAGCGAGAAGAAUACGAGUACUGGGCUAAUCAGUUGUUUGAUCUUUUGAAAUCGGGCGAGCUGAAGACCAAGAUUAACAAGAUAUUUCCAUUGGCAGAAGUACAGCAAGCACACAAGGAUCUUGAGGGCAGAAAGACCACAGGAAAGACACUGCUCAGACCUUAG